GAAGAACCACACCUCUCCACAACAAAUAAACAACUAUUGAACACACAUUCCAUCAAAUCCGUUCACACUUCAAUCUGCCAAGAUGGACAAAGUUCAAGCAUUUGGUAAAAACUUCACGGCCUCUUUCACUCCCUUCGCAGCUCGCACGCAGCAGUAUGUGAAAGAACAGCUUGGUCAAGCUGAGGAUAAGACCCAGCUCCCUCCGGAUUAUAUCGAGCUGGAGAAGCGGGUCGAUGCUUUGAAGCAGGUUCAUCAGAAGAUGCUGGCUGUUACUAACCAGUACUCACACGAGGCUUACGAUUAUCCUGCGAACAUCAAGGAGAGUUUCGGUGACCUCGGUCGCACAGUCAGCGAGAAAGUACACCUUCUAUCAACUGCCACUUCACCCGCCGAAGCGCAAGCUGCCCUCACUGCGCCUCCAUCUGCGAAGCCACAACCUAAAACAUUCAACCACGCAAUCGCCCGUGCCGCAUUGGCUAGUAGCCACCUUCUGCAACAACAACAUUCUGGCACGGGAGAAGAUCCCCUUGCGACUGCUCUUGAGAAGUAUGCCUUGGCGGAAGAGCGUGUUGGCGAGGCCAGACUUGCCCAGGACUCUCAAAUCCAAAGCCGCUUCCUUGCUGGCUGGUCGACUACUCUGAAUACCAACCUGAUGUUUGCGACCCGGGCCCGGAAAAGCGUUGAGAACUCAAGGCUAUUGCUCGAUGCCGCAAAGGCCAAGGCCAAGAACCCUGGUUGGAAAAUGCCAGGCCAAGCCCAAGCUGCCGGGCGUGACGACGAGGUUGCCAGUGAGGAGGCCCGAGUUGAGAUUGAGCAGGCUGAAGAUGAAUUUGUUGGCCAAACAGAGGAAGCCGUUGGUGUCAUGAAAAAUGUCCUUGAUACCCCUGAACCUCUCCGAAACCUCGCCGACUUGAUCGCUGCCCAGCUCGAGUACCACAAGAAGGCAUACGAGAUUCUCAGCGAGCUUGCACCAGUUGUUGAUGGACUCCAGGUUGAGCAAGAAGCCAGCUAUCGCAAAUCUAGAGAUGGAACUGCUUAAGAGUGAGCUCUAACUGGGCCUGCAGGAGACCAAAUCUUCAUUUUCGUCGACGAGGA